CGCUGGUGUGCAUUCUCCCCUGCGCCGCCGUGCAUCCGGAUUCAAACCCCCUUCCCGCCCCUCCCUUCAUUCCAUCUGGUGAAUCCAUGGCGUUCAUUUCACGUUCCCUAAUAAUGUCAUCAAAUUAAAGAUCAGAUCGAGUAGAUCAAUAAAACAUAAUCUGAUAGUCAUUCAGUUUGGCAUAUGAGCACAAAUAUGAAGGGCCUUUUGAAGGGUCUUAGGUACAUUUCUCAGAUAUUUGAGGAAGAGAAAGAAGAAGAGAUUCAAAUUGGUCUACCUACAGAUGUAAAGCAUGUUGCUCAUAUUGGAUGGGAUGGUGGUCAAUCUGUCGAUAACCCAAGCUGGAUGAAAGAUUUCAAAGGGUCAGCAGCGGUUCAGUCUGAUGACACCAAAGACAACUUAGAGGUCCUGUGUGCUUCCGAAGAUUCAAACCGAAGAGGCACUAGAAGUGAUGACAAAGAUCCGGACUUACCAAAGUCAUCAAAGCGCCAAUCUGACAAUCCUGACUCACCCAAGUCCAAGAACAAGAAUUCCAGGCGAAACCGUCCCAAGGAAACCUCCGCCGAUUCCGCUGCCGCCGCCGGCGACGUCCCGGACAUUCCCAAGAAGUCGCGGCGGAAGAAGUCCAAGGAUAACGUCAGCGGCGAUGGCUCCACCCGAUCGGCGAAAUCAUCCAAACGCAAGGACUCCGGCCAGGACUCCGAAGCCUCAGUGAAAUCAGCGUACAGUGACUUCGGCGGCGACGGCUCCACCAGAUCAAACAAACGCGAAGGCGGCGCCGCCUCGGAGUCCUCCGCCGCGGACGCGCCGGGGGCUUGGUAAUUAAAGAACACGAUCUUCAAGCUCCGAUCCAAGCCCUCCCUGCAUAUAUCAGAGGAAGGAAGACAGUGAAAAGAGUACGUAUAGUGUGCUGGUUUCGUGAAUUCAGCCUUGGAUUCGCCAACUUGUUUGUUAUUUUUUUUUUAAAGGUUUUUUAGUGACUUGGAUCAACUGAUACUUUAAUUUUGACACCAGAUUUUUCCAUUAUAAUAGAAUCUUGUACACCCUCGGUAGUCACAGGCGGGUUUUUUCAUUACUCAAAGAUUUAAUAGAAUCUUGUACAGUGUUGAAACAAAGCAACAAUGUUAUUCGUGAUAA